UUCACCGUAUCCCGGAUCGAAAGCAGGCACGUUUACGGAUGCAGCAUCGUCAACGGCGAUGGCCAGCAUCCGGGAGCUGUACGACUUGCUGUUCUCGUCUCUGAAGAACAUUGAAAAUCAAACGUUCGAAACGUUGUCGGCGAUCGUUCAGAAGCGAUUCAUCAACCCGGCCACUUGGUUCCAAGUCGGAUCAACGCUUGCUUUGCUGCUCCUGCAGGACGAUAUAGGGCUGCCCGUGCACCGGUUGGCUGCAAUCUACGUGCUGCACGAUAUCCGCCGGAAGGAGCAACCAGAAUCACCGUUCUACCUGUUUCUAGCCCGCUUCCUCGACCCACUAGGAGCCUCACCUACUGCGCCGCCCAUCACAAAUCCAGCUCGAUCGAUUGAACUAAAGUUUAUUCACCUGCUGCUCUCGAAUGGAGAUCCAGAGAUCGAGAAAAAAUCUGCCCGCAUGUUCUAUCAGCUUCACAUCAACCAUCCAGCUAUCGGACCGGCCGAGUACGGUUUCAUCAAAGCGAAGGUGACCGAAAAACUGAAGGAACUGCCGCUGACGGUGCGUUCCAACAUCUUGAACGUAAUUCCCGCCUUAACGAUGAUGCCGGGCCGCGAGCAGACACAUAAAAAUCACACCGGUGCCGCCAUGGAGGAGCUGUUCACCGACAUGAUACUCCAUCCAGCUAAUCCGCUCACGAACGCACUGGCGCCGACAUUUAUGUCGGUUGCUCCCCCGCUGCUGUCGUGUGAGGACGAGCUAAUAUGGCUCGAUCUCGGGAGUCCUUCGUACCACAAGCCGGUCUACAAUAGCUGCAGCGAUGCGGAACCCACGCCUGACAAGUGUCUCCGUACGCUGCUGAUGCAAUCGUUCCGCCAGGCGCUCAGCAUUGCCGAUCAGCAGACGUUGCAGAACGAGUUGGAAAAGGACACCCAGCAGACGCAUCUUACGUGUGUUACCCCGGAAAAGCUUCCCAAUCUGAUCGAGUACAAUCCGCUGAUCGCAAUCGAGAUUCUGAUGAAAAUGCUGAAAACGCGACACAUUAACGCGUAUCUGGACGAAAUCGUCGGCAUGGAGCUCUCGCUGCACUCGAUGGAGGUGGUGAACCGCCUGACGACGUCCGUCGAUCUCCCGGCACAAUUUGUGCACCUCUACAUCGUCAACAGCAUUGCGACCUGCUCGACGAUCAAGGAUAAGUACAUGCAGAACCGGUUGGUGCGGCUGGUGUGCGUGUUUCUGCAGAGUUUGAUACGGAACAAAAUCAUCGACGUGAAACAGCUGUACAUCGAGAUCGAAGCGUUCUGUAUCGAGUUUAGCCGAAUCCGAGAAGCGGCCGCUCUCUACCGGUUACUGAAACAGCUCGAGCAGGACCAGGGUACGAGCGGUGCACAAACGCAAAAGGACGUUUGAAUGGUUGCUUGUGAGGGCACUUAGAAUACUUACGAUUGGCCAAUUCUGCACUUUAAGAACAGAUCCAUUGGUUGAACCAAUAA